CUUCACAACAUCUUCAGCUCAGAAAUUGUUUAUCCAGAAAGGACAUAUUGAAUUGAAUUGAGUGGCAUGAAACUCAUCAGAAGAUAUUGUUUAGACUGUGCGGGUAUUCUCUUUGUCACCAGUCUAGUGAGGAAGGCCUUACAGAGUGACACAGAGAGGAACAGCCCAAAAUUAAGGUGAUCAUAACACUUAGACAUCUUGCUGCUGAGAAAAGUUACUAGGAAAAUACAGUUGUGCAGUACUGAUGGUGUUGUGGAUCAUCAAGAGAGCUACAGUUGGCUCAGGAUUACUUCUGACCAAACCGAAAACUGUUUGUUUACAUUGAGGCUCUUCAGUGGGAUCACAUUUACCUUAUUUCAAAGAUUGAAUUAUUGUCUUACCCAUUGUGUCUUCUCAAAAUAUAUAAAAAUGAAGGAAAUAUAGAAACUAUAAAUUAGUAAUAAAUGACAGUUUUUGCCUUGUCUUUUAGUAUAUGAAGCCAAGUAACUUUGUUCAAGAACCAAAUUAUUGUAAGGAAACAGAAUCAAUUAUGAGUUCAAAAUCUUGUUCGAAAACCAAUUUGUUUGAAAAUGGAAGCGUUCAAUAACCGAGGUUCCACUGUAUUGAUAUGAUAAAGAGAAAUAGGUGAUGAAAAGAUGUUUGUAAGACUGAAUGGAGAAUAGGUGGAAGAGAUAGAUUGUUUCAAGUAUUUGAGAUCAUCACCUGCAGUGGACAGAAGAGUUGAGACAGGUGAAGUGCAGGGUGAAAGAAAAAGGAAAAAUAUAUGGUGGACUGAGAAAGAUCUUUAAACACAGAACAGUGGGUAUGAGUGUAAAUAGGGUUAUACAAGGAAUAGUGUGCCUGUUGUGUUAUAUGGUAGUCAAACAUGGAACAUGGGAGUAGCAGAGAAGAAAUGGUUCAAUGUAGUAUUUGAAGAGUAUGUGUGGAGUAACAGGGAGUGACAGAAUUAGAAAGGAGGAGAUGUGCAUUGUGAAUGGGCUUUCUUAGAGUGGAUGAACUGUGUAAAGAGAGAAAUGACUGUGCAGCAAGCAAAAUCAUUAUGUGUGAUAGAGAUGAAUGAAGAGUGACAGUGGUGAGUGCAUGAAAAUGAGUUUCAUCAACCCCAGGGAGGGGCCAUUGGCAUAUGGACCCAGUUAGGAUAUGGGGCACUCUGUAGGAAAUACCCAGUCCUUUAUAGAUGAUACUCUUAUGUGUAGCAAGUCAGUUGAGGAUUGUGUUGCUUGUUUAAAGGAUACUGUGGAAAUUUUGCAAAAUGUGGGGUUUUGUAUUAAUGUGGACAAGUCAGUUUUGGUGCCUACAAAACGCAUAGAAUAUCUUGGCAACAUCAUCGAUUCUGAAGCCAUGACUGUCACACUCCCUGCUCUUAGAGUGAAGAAGAUUGUGGAAAGUUGUUCAUCCUUGGCCAGUAGAAAUAAGGCAAAGAUCAGAGAGGUAGCUCGGGUAGUUGGCAUGUUGGUAGCUGCCAUUCCGGCCGUUGAAUUAGGUAAGCUCCAUUACAGAAUUUUAGAAAAGGCCAAAAUUGUUGCAUUAAAGGUAGGAAAGGGCAACUUUGACAAAUUUAUGACUAUCUCAAAGGAAAUGAAAAUGGAGCUGAGUUGGUGGAUCUCUGAAGUAGGUACGCAAGUUCGGAAAAUUAUUCGGACUGCUCCUUCUGUUGAAGUUUUUACUGAUGCCUCAGAUUUAGGUUGGGGUGGUUGUGUAUUAAAGCAUUCCACCAAUGGUAAAUGGACAACAGAAGAAAGUUGCCUACACAUUAAUGCAAGGGAACUCAAGGCCAUCUUGUUUACCCUUCAAUCUUUUGCUUACUUGCUUAAAGGCUGCCAUGUUAAAGUUAUGUGUGAUAAUACCACAGCCAUUGCUUAUGUUAAUGAGAUGGGUGGAACUAAAUCACUAGUGUGUAACUCUAUCUGCAUUGAUAUCUGGAAUUGGUGUAUUUCCAAUGACAUCUGGAUUACUUGUGCACACAUACCAGGAAAGAAGAAUGUGUUGGCGGAUGAAGCCUCUCGUAAUUUUAAUGACAGACAUGAAUGGAAACUUAAUCCAAAGAUUUUUAAAGAGUUGUGUGUAGUUUUUGGAACUCCCUCCAUUGACUUAUUUGCUUCUCGCUUAAACAAGCAAAUAGAUUGUUUUUGCUCGUGGAGACCUGAUCCUGAAGCAAAGCAUGUGGAUGCGUUCACAUUAAAUUGGGCCAGUUUCGAUCUGAUUUACCUUUUCCCACCAUUUUCUCUCAUUACUAGGUGUCUACAGAAAAUGAGGGAGGAGAGAGCCAAGGGGUGGAUGGUUGUUCCAAUGUGGAAUUCCCAACCUUGGAUGGGCCCUCUUCUGCAAAUGUUGAUCAAGGCCCCCAGGCUCAUCACUCAGAAAACAAUUGUACUACGACAUCCCUCAUCAGCGGAAGAACACCCGAUUAUGACCCACACCCAAUUGAUGGCAUGUCUUUUGUCAGGCAACAACUUAGAGGGAGAGGUGUAUCGUCAGAAGGUACAGAGAUUAUCAUGGCAUCGUGGAGACCAGGUAUGCUGAAACCUGGGAUGUGCAGCCAGUAUUGCAGAAGCUGAGGUCCAUGAGCCCAUUACAAGACCUAUCUUUGAAAUCUUUAACUUUGAAAUUGGUGAUGCUUAUGGCAUUGACUCAAGCUGCAAGAGUACAGACCUUACAUUUAUUAUUGUAUUCCAAUGCUAUUGUUGAUAACAAUUCUGUAUCUCUUUUGUUAGGGGGCAACAUUAAGCAGUGUCGUUCGAAGUUUAAUGUGAGAAUGCUUAAGUUUCAUGCUUAUUUACCUGAUUCUAGAAUGUGUGUUGUAAAUACCUUGAAGGAAUAUAUUAACAGAACGGAGAAUCUGGGAAAGGAAUUUGGGAAGGAUAAUGGGAAACUCAUCAGUGUGGUGAAGCCACAUAAAAGUGUUUCCAAAGAUACAGUGGCAAGGUGGAUUAAAACUGUUCUUGUCAACUGUGGUAUCAAUACUAAGAAAUUCACGGCUGGCAGUGUUCGACCAGUCUCUGCUUCCAAGGCCAAAGCCAUGGAUGUCCCAGUUAACAUUAUCUUAUCUAAGGCAGGUUGGACUCAGGAGACAACCUUUGCUAAACACUAUAAUAAGGAGAUCACUCAGGUUUCAGAUUUUUUUCAAGAGGCCAUACUGGAUUCUGUAUUGUAAUGUUAACAGGUUUCUCUAUUCAUUUGCGUUGGAUCUCAAUUGACAUAUUUUGUUUGUUUUAUACAUGUACUAUAUGUUUUUGUAAGGGACAUAUCUGUUUAAGGAGGAGGAUUUUUCAUACAAUGAAGUUGGGAUACAUA